CACACAUAUUGUGUUUCGGAUUAUGGCUUCCACCACCGCGGUCGACACUCUGCCUUCAGGUGGCAGGAUCUUCGUCUCCAUUCCUGACAUUUUCUACAUCCCUGAAUUUGUUUUCGGAGGUUUGGUAUGGAUCCUGGUGGCAUCGACUCGGGUCAUUCCAGACAAUCCUUUGGGCUGGGUGAUGUUUGUGUCCGUCUUCUGCUUCGUAAUGACGACGUUGUGGUUCUUAAUUUUCCUCUGCGGAGCAAAUCAGAGCAGCAUCUGGCCCUCCCUGGAUGUGGGUUAUCAUUUUGUAGCAGCAGUUUUCUAUCUCAGUGCAUUGGUGGAUCUGGCCUAUGUCACGGUUUUGAAAGGGUGGGGUUUGACGAUCGUGUCAGGUUUUGCGUUAGCAACAAGUCUAACUAUCCCUGAAUUUCUCAAAAACUACCGCCUGGACAUCGCUGCAGUGGUGAUGUGCUCUGUGGCCACUCUUUUCUACUUCCUCCAUGCCAUUUUCUCUGCCAUCCGAUGGAAGAGGUCUUAAUUUAAAGAAAGAGAAAAAUAACCGGCGUGAACAGAAACUUGUAACAGGAAGAUGAGAGGGUAUCAAAUCACCGGCUGAUCUGUUAUUUGACUCAACACAGAACGUUCUUUUCUUUUUUUUAUUAUUUGUGAUAAAAUAAGCUUGAGGAAUCUGAGUCUUUACAACUGGUUAAACUUCAGAAUGAGAUAUGCAGCACACAUUACUUUAAGUGGUUACAAAAUGUUUGACAAUGAACAAAAAGAAAAGUAUGUUGUAUUAUAUCAAAAUAAGAGACAGAAUCACUCCAUUAACCCUCCUGUUAUGGUCGUUUCUCUGGAACAGCAAUAAUGUUCCUGGGUCCAUUUGACCCGGGGCAUAUCCAAUUAUCCAAAAGUGUCAGA